AUGUCUCAAGCUCAUGAGGUUGCGAGGGCGGCGCCGUCUCCUAAAUCUUCCCCGAAAUCUUCCCCCAACUCGCACCCAAACAUUGCCGAUGAUGCUAUCGGCACUAUUAUUCCCGAUGAGAUCAACAAUGGUGACGAGUCGAGCGUGGCUUCCUCAAGUACGAGCGUGAAUAGUUCAAUCCUGGAUUAUCGGAUUGAGAAUGGUCGGACAUAUCACAAGUAUAAAGACGGCAAAUAUGCCAUGCCCAACGAUGAGCGGGAGCUCGACCGACUUGACUUGACGCAUAACAUGUUUCUCUUGACCUUUGACAACAAGCUUGGAACUGCGCCACCUAACACCAAUACUCAAGCCUCGGCUGUUCACCGGGUUCUUGACAUCGGUACAGGGACUGGCAUCUGGGCGAUUGACUUUGGCGAUGAGCACCCCGAAGCUGAGGUUCUAGGUGUCGACUUGUCUGCGGCAUGGCCGAAUUACACUCCGCCCAACGUUCGCUUCGAGAUUGACGACAUUGAGGAUACUUGGACCUACUCCCAGCCCUUCGACUACAUACACAGUAGAGUCAUGACAUCCUCGAUCAAGAACUGGGAAGACUACACACGGACCUGCUUUGACAACCUCAACCCUGGGGGAUACCUCGAACUCAACGAGAUUGAUGCCUGCCCGCAGUCCGACGAUGGCACCUUGAAAGGAAACUCCGCCAUACUAAAGUCUGUCCGCAUGCUCGAGGAGGCUGCCAAUCUGUUCGGUCGUCCAUACCACGACGCACAGGCACUGAAGGAGAUCCUGACGAACAUUGGCUUUGAAGACGUGACUGUUCAGAGAUACAAGUGGCCGACAAAUCCCUGGGCCAAGGAUGCCCGGCACAAGGAACUCGGCGCAUGGUGCCACGAGAACCUGGUCGCUGGCUGGGAGGGCUUUUGCAUGGCGCCCUUUACCCGGGCCUUGAACUGGUCUAGGGAGGAGGUUCUGGUUCUAAUGAUGCAGGUGCGCAAGGAGUUCAGCGAUCGAAGCAUCCACGCCUACUUCCCAGUGUGA